AGUAACUGCAGUGAGCGAGAGGCUAAAUAACAGACCGGACCUUGCUAAUCCCUGGAUUUCUUUGUCAUGGAGCAAUUUCUCUUUGUAGUGGGAUUUAUUACUUGUCUCUACAUCACAAUCAGGUUUUUUGGAUUUCUAAUGUAUCUGUUUCAACACCUUUGGGGAGUUUUGCCUCAGUCUUUCUUUCAAUCAAUGGGAGAAUGGGCAGUUGUCACUGGUGCUGGAGAUGGUAUUGGCAAGGCAUAUUCAACUGAGCUUGCAAAUCAUGGGAUGAAUAUUGUAAUGAUCAGCCGAACACUCGAGAAAAUGCAGGCAGUUGCUCUGGAUAUUGAACAGUCUACUGGAAAAAAUGUCAAGAUUAUUCAGGCUGAUUUCACAAAAGACAAUAUAUAUGAACAUAUUGAAGAAAGUCUGAAAGGUUUGAAGAUAGGAAUUCUAGUUAACAAUGUUGGAAUGUUACAUAAUCCUGACCCAUGCCGGUUUCUCUCUGGACCUGAUAAUGACAAGAAUGUAGUUAACUGCAAUAUCACUUCUACUAUAAAGAUGACAAGAAUUAUAUUACAGCAAAUGGAAAAAAGAAAAAUGGGGCUUAUUCUGAACAUCUCAUCUGCAGUUGGGCGCUUCCCUUGUCCACUGUAUGCUGUUUAUUCCGCUUCCAAAGCUUUUGUAACGACCUUCUCUAAAGCACUUCAAGCAGAGUAUAAAUCUAAAGGAAUCAUCAUACAGGCAAUCACACCUUAUGGUGUUUCCACUCCAAUGACAAGAAAUGCAAGGACAAAUGCCAUAACUAAAUGUCCAAUUGACUUUGUUAGGCAGUCAUUAAAUUGUGUUACCAUUGGCGAUGAGACCUUUGGCUGCUUUGCACAUGCAGUUCUGGGCUGCAUCAUGGACUGUAUUCCUUUGUGGGUGAUCCACAGUACUGCAGUACAAGAUAAGUUCCUGCAUUGGUUUAAUAGAAAAGAAAAUUUGAAAAAAAUUUAAGAGAUUUGUCUAAAUAAUUUGGGCCAUAUUUAUAUACCUAUACAAGGGGUAGUUCACCUUUAAGUUAUGUUAUGGAAUGACCAGUUCUUAGCAACU